GAUUUUCAGGUUGACACAUGACAUGUAAAUAUUAUUUUAUAGGAAUUUAAUAAAUUUACUUAAUUUACUAGUCAACUAGUCUUGUGCGGCUGAAGUGCAUUGAAAAUGCUCGAGGUAACAAAAGGCAUAAGCAAAUUGUGGGACAGGCUGUUUGAUCAGAAAGCGUUUUUAAAUGGAGAAAUAAACUUUGUCCUCAAUGAAUUCGAGCUGAGGCGAGGGGAUAGUGAGGUGGACAACUUGUUUAAAUCUCUAGAAAGUAUAACGGAUAUAAAAGACACUCAAAUUAACAGGCUGAUUGAAAUAGCUAGUGAAAAAAAUGUUGAAGCCAAUCAACAGUUAAGUAAAGCUCUAAACCUUUGCAGCCAACUUCCAGAGCUAGAACAAAAAUACACUGACCUGAAGGACACAUACCUUGAAAAGGCUAGAGAAAAGAGGAAAGAAAAAUACGAGGAAAUAAUGAAUGGAAUCACUUCUAACUACUCAAAAAUCGACGCUGAAUUUGAAAAGAAAGAAGUAGAAACCCUACAAGCUUAUAUAAACCUUGAAGCAAAAUUGAAAUAGUUAAAUGAGUUGAAGCCUUCACUUCUACAAUGCUGUAUAAACAUAUUGUGGCUAUAUCUCAAUUUAUUCUAUCAGUACUAUUUAGCUUCGCCUUUGGACUUCUGGGUAUAGAAAAAAUUAUUGGUCCACUCGACUUUGGAUUCAGAUUGCUUCUUGCCAUGAUCUGCACUCUCGUGGCCGCACUUGGCGAAUUGUACUUUUUAGCCGAGAAACUUAAUGAAGAUUGGGAGUUUGAGUACUCCAUAGGAAAAAAAGCCAAAACUAAAUAAGUUUCUUUUGUAUAUCGGCAUUUAAUGUAUAUUUCGACAGCCUUGUAAAUAAUUUCAAAUAAAAUCUUCAGCUUAAAA